UUUACCUAACUCUUUAUCGCGAAAUGGCAUCUGGCAGAGCCUCAAAUGUAUCCGAAUUUCGCCAAGUCUUGAGCAGACUCAAAGAUUUACAUGAGAAGCUGGAAAGGUCCGAUCAAUCUAGUCUUGCAGCUAAAUUGUCGGACAUAAAUGACUCCUUAAGCAUUAUCGAAGGUAACCAGACUGACUUCUCCGAUACAGUCCUGCAAACUUUGGAGAGGAUCCAUUCUACGAUGGUAAAUGGCUUCAAAACUAUGGAAGACAGGAUAUCCACGCUAGAAGCCAAACUAACCAGCCAUGAGACUGGAAGCUAUGAUGCAGUGACGCCGCCGAAUUCUUCAAGAAAAAGAAAAAUCGCACGGCACCCUGAUCUUUCGCAUUACGUCCGCUCCAAUAUGGAACAGUUAGGACUGUCGUGGAACACGGAAAGGAA